UAAAAAGGCCACGUAAGCUAUCUUCUUUUUCCGACUCCCAAAGUCUGGUAGCUACGGAAGCACAGCGCGAACAACAACACACGUGUCAUCUUUCGAGUUUCCAAGUCCCUUAACUCUAAAUUAAGAAAUGUUAUUGUCCCCUACACUUCCAUUUUCAUCCAUUUCAGUCCCCACAAAAUUCCCACACCUAAAAUACCCAUCACUCUUCCUAAUACGAUCCUCAUCCUCGCCGUCAAUGUUCACUACUCCACAACCUAAAAAGGUAGCAGUCUGCGGCGGUGGAGUCAUCGGAGUUUGCACCGCCUAUUUCCUAUCCAAAAACGGCGCCGCCGUAACUCUAAUCGAACAAUCCUCCGUCGCCUGCGCCGCUUCCGGUAAAGCCGGUGGUUUCCUCGCUCUAGAUUGGUGCGACGGUGGUCCCCUCGCGUCUCUCGCACGCGCCAGCUUCAAUCUUCACCGCUCACUCGCUCAAGAGCUUAAUGGAUCAGAAUCCUACGGUUAUCGUCCACUCACUACCCUAAGUGUUUCCAUCACCGAAUCAUCAUCUUCUUCAUCGUCGAAUCGAAUUGGGCCGGUUCCGUCUUGGGUCGAUGGCCCAGCUAAAAGCCCACGAACAAUUGGGUCAACUGACAGUACGGCCCAAGUCCAUCCACAACUGUUUACGAAAACGCUACUGUCCAAAGCAAUGGAGGAUUAUGGAGUUGAGCUGGUGAUUGGUAAAGCAGAGAGAGUGGAAAUGGCGGACGGGAAAACGAGAGGAGUGGUACUGGAUGAUGGUAGAGAGAUUGGUGCUGAUGCAGUUGUGUUGGCACUUGGGCCUUGGAGUAAGAGAUUUUCUGUUUUGGGCUCGAUUUUCAGGGUUUAUGGAAUUAAAGCCCAUAGUAUAGUACUAGAACCCAAAGAAGUCGAUAGGAUCACGCCACAUGCACUCUUUCUCACUUAUUAUCCGGCCCAAGGUGGAAAGCCCAUGGACCCCGAAAUUUAUCCUCGUCCAACAGGAGAAGUUUAUAUAUGUGGAAUGUCAGCUCAGGCAGAGGUUCCAGAUGAUCCAGAGCAGAUAACUCCAGUUCCUGAAUCAAUAAACGUGCUUAAGAGAGUUGCUACUAGUGUGUCAAGCCAUUUAGUUGAAGGAGAAGCGGCUGUGAAGGCUGAACAAGCGUGCAUCUUACCUUGCAGUGAAGAUGAUGUGCCAAUUAUCGGCGAAGUUCCUGGUAUAAAAGGCUGUUAUGUGGCAACUGGACAUAGCUGUUGGGGAAUACUCAAUGGUCCUGCCACUGGUGCAGCUAUGUCCGAACUCAUUCUGGAUGGACAUGCUAGCAUAGUUGAUCUUAGUCGAUUUAACCCCGCAAGAUUUGCUAGUGCUCUGAAGAAGUAAGAUGUGACCAUACACCAAUCAUCUAAAAGAGAAAAUAUUGCUUCAUAUACUUGGCACUGCAAGAAGCAAAGAGGUAAUUUGUUCAAUGAAGAACUUGUAGUUUUUUUUAGAAGUGUUCUGAAACUAUUGCCUUCAAUGUUGAGAGAAAAUUGCAUUUCAUUAUCACCACAGUAAAUAUCGAGUCUGUCCAAUAAAAUAAGGUCCCUCUCCGUUCCAUUUUAUAUGAUAGUCUUCUCUUUUUAGUCUAUUUAUAAAACAGUGACACACUUCUAUAUCUGAAGUUAUUUAACUUUAAACUUCUCAUUUUAUCCUUGAUGA